AUGGGCGUUCGUCUAGGCCGCUUGAGCGACUCCCCGUGGUGGUGGCCGCUGCUGCUGCUGUUGCUGCUCUGCACUGCCCCCUGGGGCCAAGGUCGGCCUUUCGCAACGCCCUUGCCAGCAGUCAACGUGGCGGUGGUGUUCAGUGGCUCGGCCUACCAGCAGGAGAUCAAGGGGCGUCUCAGCAGGGAGAACUUCAUGGACCUGCCCUUGGAGGUGAAUCCAAUCACAGUGCUGGUAAACAACACCAACCCUCGGGCCCUGCUCACGCGCAUCUGUGACACACUGGCGGCCAACCGCGUACAUGGUGUGGUGUUUGAGGACAACAUCGGCUCGGAAGCCGUGGCACAGAUCCUGGACUUCAUUGCCCUGCAGACGGCCGUGCCCAUCGUGGGCAUCAGCGGGGGCUCCGCCAUGGUCCUGCCACACAAGGGUGACGGCUCCACGUUCCUCCAGCUGGGCUCCUCCAUCGAGCAGCAGAUAAACGGCAUGUUCAAGGUGAUGGAGGAGUACAACUGGGACAGCUUCGUGGUCAUCACCAGCCUGUACCCGGGCUACGAGGUCUACGUGGACUAUGUCAAGACCUUCACUGACACCAGCUACUUCAUGUGGGAACUGCAGGACGUGCUGACCUUCGACAUGUCUGCCGACGGCAUGAACGACAUCCGGGCACGGCGCCUGCUGCAGCAGAUUGACGCCCAGGUACUGCUGGUAUACUGCUCCCACGAGGAGGCCCAGUACCUGUUCAGUAUGGCCGGAGAUGCCGGCCUGCUGGGGCCUGGCUACAUCUGGAUCCUCCCCAGCCUUGCCGUGGGGAACCCAGACAUGCCCCCACCAAACAGCUUCCCUGUGGGCCUCAUCAGCAUCAUCACCGACCGCUGGCGAAUGAGCCUGAGGAAGAGGGUGCGGGAUGGGGUGGCCAUCGUGGUCAAAGGGGUGCAGAGCUUCCGCAAACAGAGGGGCUUCAUCCCCGAGGGCCACAACGACUGCCACAGCCCUGUUAAGGAAUCUUCUAAUGAUACACUGUUCAGGCACAUGUUAAACGUAACAUGGGAGCACAACGACUUCUCGUUCAACCCUGAAGGGUACCUGAUCAACCCAGCUAUGGUCAUCAUCACCUUAGAUCGAGAGAGACAGUGGGAUAAGGUGGGGAACUAUGAGAUGGGGAUCCUGCAGAUGAGAUACCCGGUGUGGCCUCGCUACGGCACCUAUCUGGAGCCCGUAUCAGAUAACAGACACUUGACUGUGGCCACACUGGAGGAACGUCCCUUUGUCAUAGUGGAGGCUGUCGACCCCAUGACUGGGACCUGUGUCAGCAACACUGUGCCCUGCCGCCGCCAGUCCAACAAGACAGAGACUAUUGUAGGUCAUACUGAGCCCUACACCAAACUGUGCUGUAAGGGUUUCUGCAUAGACAUCCUGAAGAAGCUGUCCCGCACCACCAAAUUCUCAUACGACCUCUACCUGGUCACCAACGGGAAGCACGGCAAGCUGGUCAGAGGCAGUUGGAACGGCAUGAUCGGAGAGGUGGUAUACAAGCGGGCGGACAUGGCCAUUGGCUCGCUGACCAUAAACGAAGAGCGCUCAGAAAUUAUCGACUUCUCCGUGCCGUUUGUGGAGACGGGGAUCAGUGUGAUGGUCGCCAGGAGCAACGGGACCGUCUCACCCUCUGCCUUUCUUGAGCCCUACAGUCCGGCGGUGUGGGUGAUGAUGUUUGUGAUGUGCCUAACGGUGGUAGCUGUCACAGUGUUUAUCUUUGAGUACUGCAGCCCUGUGGGGUACAACCGGAGUCUGGUGAGCGCCAAGGAUCCCGGAGGCCCCACCUUCACUAUUGGGAAGUCUGUGUGGCUGCUGUGGGGCAUCGUCUUCAACAACUCUGUUCCAAUUGAGAACCCCAAGGGCACCACCAGCAAGGUCAUGGUUCUGGUAUGGGCCUUCUUCGCUGUCAUCUUCCUGGCCUCCUACACUGCCAACCUGGCAGCCUUCAUGAUCCAGGAGCAAUACACUGACACAGUCUCUGGACUGAGUGACAAAAAGUUCCAGAAGCCACAGGAGCAGUAUCCACCGUUUCGUUUUGGUACGGUCCCAAAUGGAAGCACAGAGAGGAACAUCCGGAGCAACUACCCUGAGAUGCAUGCCCACAUGGUCAAAUACAACCAGAAGGGUGUGGAGGACGCCCUCAACAGCCUCAAAUCAGGGAAACUGGAUGCCUUCAUCUAUGACGCUGCUGUGCUGAACUACAUGGCAGGUAAAGACGAGGGCUGUAAGCUGGUGACCAUCGGCAGUGGGAAGGUCUUUGCCACCACUGGCUACGGCAUCGCCUUGCAGAAGGAGUCCCGAUGGAAACGUCCUAUAGACCUGGCCCUGCUCCAGUUCCUAGCUGAUGGUGACACACAGAAGCUGCAGACGGUGUGGCUCACAGGGAUCUGUCGUAACGAGAAGAAGGAGGUGAUGAGCAGUAAGCUGGACAUAGAUAACAUGGCGGGCGUCUUCUACAUGCUGCUGGUGGCCAUGGGGCUCAGUCUCCUGGUGUUCAGCUGGGAACAUCUGCUCUACUGGAAGCUGAGACACUCAGUACGCAAGUCUGAACGCCUCGACUUCCUGCUCGCCAUCAGCAGGGGAAUCUACAGCUGCUUCAAUGGCGUGGAGGACUCUGACCGCAACGGAAACCUCCAGAAUCCUGACGUCACCACCAACUACACCCAGGCCAACAUGCUGAAGAUGCUGCAGACAGCCAAGGACAUCGUGACCUCGACCAGAGUGGAGAACUCCCUGGACAAUGCCACCAAGACCAUAGAGAACUGGAGCCGGCGAGGAGCCGACAAUGUGCGGGUUGGCCUGCCGCCUCGGGUGGCAACCACUAUAGACAUGGGCCACAGCCGCCUGCCAUACAUCUCCAGCAUCACGGACAACCACUCGCCCUACCCCCAGAGGGCGCUCGCUUCCACCUUCCCCAUCCACUACUCGGACAGCGCCACCCAGCCCCUGCUGGACAAAUCUAGGGUGGUGACGCGGCCUACCCCGCUCCGCUACACCCUUCCGGCCCGUGGCAGCCACCACUUCUACGAGAGGACCCUACCCAUCUCCAGCCUCAGCAGCCCCCACAUAGCCAUGAGGGACCCUGCUCCCCCCAGCACCUCCAGUCACAACCCACACCCCAACCACAGCAGCAGGCUGUAUGUUGAGAGCCAGCCCCGGCACCCCACCUCCCCGUUUGUCCCCUACAGAGAGUUCCAGGUGCCUGAUAUCUAUGUGGAACACCACAAGGGUCCCCUGGGACGGAAGUUCAGCUACCCCCCUGACCACAUGGGCAGGAAGAAGCGGUCCCACAGCUACGUGUUUUCCGAGGCCCAAGACACCAGGGGGAGGAACGACUAUGAUGAGCCAACUUCCUGUCUGGCUGAGCUGAGGGCCAACCACCUCCUGAACAACCACGCCCCUUCUGCAUCAACCAUGGCCUGCAUGGGGGGCCACUACCCCAGCGGCAGUGCCAGCUGCAACUCCUGCAUGAAGCCCUACCUGGAGCCUGGAAUGGAGGAUGUGCCCUUGCUGGGGAAGGACAAGGUCAACCGACGGGCCUCUUUUCUCAAGGCCACCUGGAGCAGUGACAGGAUCCGCCAGCUGGGCGAGAAGCCUUCCACCUCCACUAUGCCUGACCUGUUCCCCCGCGUAGUGGUGGCCAACCCCAAGCCCCACAAGCUGUACGGCAGCCAGGGGAACAACCUGUGCUACCCCCUGGCCGCUGAGCCUGCCUACCUAGACCCGGCUCAUAUGCGUUCCUACCCCUACAAGCAGCAGAAGCUCAAGUGCUCCCAGUCCACCCGGCUACCAUCCUACAGGGAGGCUAUCCUGCAGAACGCAGCCGCUUUGCGGCGCUCCUCCUCCACCGUGGUGCACAGACACUACUCCACCUACCUGAACUCCUACACAGACCUGCCUGUAUACGUGGGGCCGCUGCCCCAGGGGCCCGGGCAGUUCUACGACAAGGACAUGUGCCACUUGUUCCCCUGUGCAAGCCACUGCCCUAACAACAAUGCCCUGCUGCCCCGUAUGGGGGACCGGCAAAUGGUGUACCAGAACAAUAUGUUUGGGGGCUACGAGGGAGCGGUGGGGCGGUCGCGGGAGGAGCCCCCCCUGCCCGGGUCUGGGAGCAGGGAUCGGAGGGAGGUCCUGGUGGCCAGAAGAGUCAACAGUCCCUAUGUGCCAAAGACCUGGGGCAGGGUAUCCAGUCUGGAGUCUGAGGUCUGA